AGGUGCGCCAUUUAUAAACAAACAGAUCUGUCGAUGCCUGUCAUCACACUAAUAAGAGUCCGCCGCUCUACCGAUUCAGCUAAAAGAAAUAUUCACCCUUAGCGCAAAGCUAGAAAGCAACUGUAAUCCAGCUUAGUACAAUCAAAAUCUGCCACACUAACGGGGCACAACAUUUUACUGAAAAAGAAAAAAAAGAAAACCACCCCAAAACCCAUGAACACUUCAAUGGAAACUUUGGACAUAUGAAAAAUGCCUACCGGUGAUUUAACAAAUAACCUCCGGAAAUUACAAAAGGAAAUCAAGCUGAUCAAAUAUAAUGAGGACAUCAACCUUGCUGAAAUGUCGCUGGGGAAGCCGACUGUCUUCUUGCCUCUGUACCACUUUGCUUUCACAAGUUACAACCACGCACUGGCGGAGCUUAUCUCAGCCUCCGAUGCAGAGCUGUUUGGAAAGACAGAUUUCCGAUUCAUUGAAGCUGUUUACAAGAUCCUGCGAGAUCUGUUCAGCUACAAACCCCUCAUAACGAAAGAACAGUUCUUCAACACAGGUUUUGCAGAGAGGAAGAUCAUUAUGUGCUCAGAAGUGUUACGCCUGGUCCGGGAGAAGAGCCUUUCAUUGAACCCUCCGAAAAAAAUGACUACAGGAGGUGCUGCCGUAAGUGGACUUGUACAGCUUGUUUCUACAAAGGGAAGUCGGCCAAAGUCAGCAGAUCCAGUGUCAAUUGAAGCACCAAUUUCUACCUCUGGUCGCGGGAAGAGACCGAAGACGGUGACAAAUACAAAAUAUGUAAGAGUAACUUCCCCUCCAGAAGUGACAUCGGCACCACAGGUAGUGAAUGAGCUUUUACAACCACACAGGCCUCAAUGUCAUCCUGUACGUCACAUGACUAGUCCCAUGACUGAUCAUUUACAACACCCACCACUCGCUACAGAUGUUGCUUCACCACCUCAUGUCACCAAAGAGAGGCUAGCAGCUAGGGUAUCAAAUCAGAAGUCUUCAGAAGUACACUUCCUGCCUGUAACAACAGGUCUGACUAGGAACAGAUCUGUCCCAGGUACUGCAGAUAAACACCUGGAAGAAGAUACGGAAGAAGAUGAAGAGGAAAGUGAAGAGGAUGAAAUAGAGACUGUGAAUGCUGUCACUCGAGGUGAAUCAUUUUUAGAACCGCAGUGCGUUGAUGACAGUCCUACAGGUCAGCCAUUUGUACCGAGUCAGGAGUCCCAACAGUACUUCAAGAUAAUACAGACUGUUGUGGACCGAAUGAACAAUCUAGACUCGGUGGUAAGGAACAUCAGUGUGGAGGCCCAGGCUGCACUCAGCCCCAAUGACAAGGUUAACGCCACCCUAACAAUAAUCCACCAGCAGCUGGAGACUCUCAUGGCCAGGAUGGUACUUGUAGAGAACAGGGUAGCCUUGGUGGAGGCUAGACUUAGUGGGAAUAGGACUGUUCCUGGUGAGCCAGCAAUGAAUCAAGGGAUGAGAGACACUCAGCACAAAGCUGGCAAUCCUGAGGCACCACAUGGAUCUUCACAGACAGUGCAUUCUGCUAACAUGUACCAAGUCCAUUGCACCACACAUACCAGCAGUCUAGCUGAAUCUCACCAGGAACCAAAUAUGCUACAAACAUUUGCAGCUGGAGAAUUGUAUCAAAGUAACAUGCACUGUCAAGGUGGAACAGAUAGACAAAAAGCACUGACUGUCCUACAAAGUUUGGGUGCUGAAGAUGGCAGUGGAACACAAACUCAGAGUGGUGGCCUGGCGGACAUACACAGUGCACAAACCUCCUCUAUCAUUACUCCACUAGAGGCACAACCUGCGGAUCAGCAGAUGCAGUUUCCUGCCACGAAUCACUCUAAUGGAAGCAGUGUAUUUAGCGACCUCUCACGCUAUCCCCAAACAAACCUGACAUCCAGUGACAUCAACGACUCAGCAGCUGUAGGUCUGUCACCGAUAAGGAAACCCAUAGACCUUUCCAUCAACAAUAGCGUGACACUCCCACCGUUUGAUUUCACCAAUGAUGACACUUUUGCCACCGUGACUCAGAAUGAAAAGCGAUUAUCGAGCACACCCACAAAACACCCGGUGAUGUUAGAAAGCCUAGAAGACUCCCUGUCAUUUCAUUUUGGUGACCCAACGUCACAGGAGAGGUUCUUGAGGAUCAAAACUAUGAUUAAGGAAACGGAGCACCUGCUGACAAAGCCAACGUCAACUCUGACAGAGGGGAACUCAUGACUCCUUUGUGUAACUAAUAAAGAAGUAAUAGAUCUAGAAGUGCCAUUUCAGUUGGGGAUCAUUACCAUCUUAUAUUUCAUAAGGUGCUUAAACAUUCUGUCCCGAUUUAGAAAAGUUUGAUACCAAUAUUGACACAAUUUUCUAUAUCCAGAUCAACAAUGUUGCAUUUGAAACUUCAAACUUCCCAGAAUUAGUUUAAGAGAGACACUGAUACUUAACUGUGGCAUUACACACUGCUGUCUGUCCAAAACAUGAGAUGUGUGGGUCCUGAAAAAGGCUGAGUGGCUGACACAACAUUAGUCUGGACCCUGGGUUAAUCAUAAGUGUUUGAGUCAGGAUUUUAACUUGAGUUGAGCAUGGACCCCAGAUAAAGAAAGAACUUACAUCUUGUACAAUGUAAUACAAUAUGUAAUUUUACAUCAGAUUUAGAUUUAUUUCCAAAAUAAAUAUUCAUUUAAUGAUGUUGGAAUUUGGAAAACUUAGAAUAUGUUUUUAGUGGCAUUCAUUUAUGGCAAGUUUAUGGAGUAGUUUCUACUUUUAACCAUUUAAGAGGUAGAUCAUUGAAUAGAUUGAUUAUGCUAAUUAUCUUCAAAUUGUUGAAUGUGUACUCAAUUGACUUGUAUUUAUACGUCUUAUCCUGUAUCAUUGUAGAACACUGAAUGUUAACAUUUAAUGAAAGUGUGAAAUAAAUAAAAAAGGAGA